AUGGCAGACCAAGGCUCCCUCAACCAGCUCCUACAAUGGGGCAUCGAACACUCCAACCCCGACGCCAACCCCGACACCGCAGCCCAAACCGCAAAUCAACGGCGAGAUCCUAAUCGCGGCCUCGAUGCGAACGCCCUAGCAGAACUCCUCGGCGGUCCUUCCGACGCAGACCGCAUGAAAGGUGCAAUGACAGCCAUAGUCGCGCCGUUAGACAUCGUCGACCUCGAGAACAAACUGAUCGCAUGGGACAAUUUCGAACAACUCAUAGAAGGAAUCGACAACGCGAACAACCUCGACAGUCUAGGCUUAUGGCCGCCGUUGAUCCAGCAGCUCGACAAUCCGGAGGCGCAGAUGAGGAGGAUGGCGGCGUGGUGUAUCAGCUCGGCGGUGCAGAACAACGUCAAGUGUCAAGAGAAGCUGCUCGGUUUGAACGUGAUGGAGAAACUUGUGGGGUUGGCGACGGAGGAUCCCGAACAAAGUGUGAGAAAGAAGGCGACCACGGCGUUGAGUAGUGAGGUGAGGAAUUUCCAGCCCGGGUUGGAUGAGCUGAUGCGGGUCCUGCCCAAGAGCGUGUGGGGUGGGAGCUCAAGGCUAGAUGCAGGGGAUAUGGAUGCAGUGGACGAGGUUAUUGGGACGCUGAGGCAGAAUGCUGCUCGAGCGUGA